UAUGCUUAUGAAAUUGGUUAAGUUUUAAUAACUGCUAUAUGCUUAUGAAAUUACUUGCAUAGACAGUUUUCCUAGAACUGACGUGCUGGAGAAUGCUCUACAGAAAAUAUGAUCGUGUCAACUUGUCGACGUUCAACGAGUUUGCUUUCUGCUUAAAAACGUUCUUGGCACCUGCGAAGGAAAGUGGCUGCAGAUUUGGCUUCUCCUCAAGAAGGGCUGAGCUCCAUAAGUAAGAACAGAUAACCAGACAUAAAUGGAAAUAGAUCGGCCACUCUUCAAAAGGAAAUUGCAAUUGAGAAGGAAGCUGUGGAGUGGAAACCACAAGGACAAAAGAAAAGGCUAAAGAGGAGUUAACAGAGAACAAUAUGAGUGGAAGCCUUGCAGAGAAAUUAUAUAACUCGUGAAGAAUCGUGUGAGAUGGCGACACUUUGUUAAUGCCCUAUGCUCGAAGGACCUAAGAAUGAUGACAGUGAUGGCUGUCACUUAAUAAAAAUGGCUUCUGUUAAAUGUGUAUAACUUAAACAACAAUCACAGUUCACUGACAGGAUUUCAUGAUCUGUGGGAAUAGUGAUUCCUUACCAUUGUGCUGUCCUUGAACUGCUAGAAAGGUGGUGACAUCCAUGCAGUGACAUCAUGCCUCCCUGUAAACAGCCAAGAAGCCUUUUCCAGGCCACCUUAACACAUGUCAAAGAACUACUGGAUCUCUCAUGUAGAAACAUAGAGAAAACUUAUGGGAAUUACGAUAAGAGUGACUGUCGACAGCAGGUGCUAAUACUUCAGGAGUACCUCCUGUCGAACAUACCAAGCAUGAUUCUGGAUGAACUGAUUGAAGUGGAGACUGCUGGAAGCCACACGAAACAAGAUCUUCGAAUCCCUCUAGCACUCUAUAUGCAUAGGAAUAUGAGGAAGUUCAGUGUUUGCACCUGGUCAGUAUACCCUAAAUUUGACUUUCAUUCAGAGUUUUUGGUUGAACGUCUAAUACAGAUGCAUAACUUGGUGGUGCUGGUUUUAUAUCGCGUAUGUACAGAUGACAUUCUGGAAGCUGUAGGAACAAACUGUCACAGACUGGAGGAGAUAAACAUUGUAUCAAAGUUGGGACUGGUAUACACCACAAAUGAGAUGGAUAAAGCUUUCAAUGCGCUCAAGUUGAAGUUUUUCGUUUCAGAUGUAGGACUGUUUUACUUGCGCAAUUGCAGGCUUCUCAGGAAGGUGACAAUGAAUAGGAUUCUUCGUAGCCAUUCAGGUGGAUGUAUGAUGACUGUAGCAGGGAUAAGGGCUCUAGUAAAGUCGUUGCCAUACCUCCAGAACAUAACAUAUGAUGACAUGGGCCUAGUGAUUUCUGAGCAGAUGGAGGAUGUGCAGCAGCUGCAGCUCACACAUCUCUGUGAUUUUCACCCAAGACCGACAAACAUUGUGGCAGCAGCACAACUCUGUUGCAGCCUACAGCAUCUUUGUCUGCAUUUCCCCAACCAAUCCACUGUCUGCACUGCCAAAGAGAUACUGGAGUCAUUGGCCAAUAGCAGCCUCAGAGUACCCAUUCUUGAACUCAUCCAUUUUCCAUUCUGCAUUGAAAUGGCUCGUUUACUGGAAAGGAAGGGAAAUUUUCUGAGGAGCCUCCAAGUUGAAAGUACAGAUUAUAUCUCUCUGAGGGCAGUGCAUCUCAUUGGUCAGACAUGCCUGAGCCUCAGAAACUUGCAGCUGAAGCAGCCAUUGAGAGAUGUCAAUCAGUCAAGCAGCCUUGAAACCUACAAGCUGUUUCACACACAGCAUAUUUUCCACAACCUUCAUUGUCUACACCUGGAUGGAUGGAAUUGGAACCUAGCAGAAGUUUUGCCACUGUGUCUGCUGCAAGCCAAACACCUGGAAACACUCUUUGUAACAGACAUGUUCUCCCAGAAGGACCAAGAUGAUGUUAUGGCUAAUAUUAUCAGCACAAACCCCCUGCAGGAAUUGAAAGAAAUUCACAUGCACACAAGGCAGAUAUCCAUAGCCACAAUUCGCUACUUAAUUGAACACUGCCCCAAACUAACAGUAAUGUCUGUUGUGGAGAGUGCCAACAUUACAUCUGUGCAAGUUAAGGAACUUCGUUAUGAGGUUCAUCAGAAAAACCUUGAUCUGACAAUUACUUUAGUGGAGGCUGAACCACUUGGUUAGAUGUUACAUGUGACCAUUUAACUCAAUGUACAAACUUUGCAUUCCUGAAUGUUGUGUCAAUUCUGAAGCAUAAUAUAUACCAUUAUUGUUACCGAACAAGUUUACCAAUACUUUAAACUGUUUUACAAAGAUGAUUAUACCAGUGCUGAAGAACUUAACCAAUUGUUUCAUAAACCUUUGUAAAUACAUAAUAAAAACAAUGCUAAUUUGCUUCUUUGCUCAA